CCGCCGCGUCUUCUCCUCUUUCUUUCCCUACCACCGAAAAAUUUCUCCAGCCGAAAAACUUCCUCCGAGGAAGAGCAUCCUCUCGUCUCGUCUCGUUCUCGCCGAGGAGAAAGAAGCCAUGGGCGGCGGCAACGCGCAGAAGUCCAAGAUGGCCAGGGAGAGGAACCUCGAGAAGCUCAAGGGCGGCAAGGGGAGCCAGCUCGAGGCCAACAAGAAGGCCAUGAACAUCCAGUGCAAGAUAUGCAUGCAGACUUUCAUCUGCACCACCUCUGAAGCAAAGUGCAAGGAGCACGCCGAGGCGAAGCAUCCGAAGAGCGAGCUCACCCAGUGCUUCCCCCACCUCAAGCAGUGAAAUCUGCCUAAUCACAGUGAGAGAGAGAUAAAGAGAGAGAGAAGCUGUCGUAAUCCACCUAGUAUUAUCAUGUUCCGCAAUGACUGGUUGUUGCCCAAAGUUUGGGUCUGAACUUCGGUAUGCUGCUGUCCCAGCUGCUUUGGUUGUGUGCCCAUAUACUAUGUAAUCGUCCUGUAUCAGCCUGUUGUGCUACAAUAUUUUAAUUCUGUGUGGAUUUGCUGCUUGUGUUAAGUCUAUUUGUCGAAGAAGUUGAUCCUGGUUAUUUCUCAUGUAAUUCAGCAUGAUCUUGGUUUUC